AUGUCUUCCUUGAAAUCUCGUUACUAUCGCUUUGGCGAUAAGGACUAUACCCAGGUCUCUGGCCCUCCACUUCUUACAGAAGAGGAAUACGCUUCGCACCAGUAUGCAAACCGUCGUGCCAUUGAGCGUCUUGACCAAAGCCUCAAGGAAGUUACGGACCACCUAAAUCACCAACUGAAGGAUGGCUCUUUCACUACUAUUGUGGAAAUUGGUAUGAAACUGAAGGAGAUCAUUGAAGAAUGCCAAGAGGUUCGUCGGAUUGUGCAGGACGACUCGACCUGCUUCAAUCUUAACCCAGGAAAGGGUUACGAGAGCCCCGAGAUCAUCCUACGCCCUGCUAGAGACGAACAAUUUGUGACAGUCAUGGUCGUUAUGGUUCCCGUCAUCCUCCUGUUCCUCCUCUUCACUUCGCCUUAUGCUCUGCUCUGGAGAAUUUUUUAA